AUGGACAGUAAUGGCCACAGGAUAUCCAGUGACAUGAUAGAUGCAGAAUCUUACAACCUGUCUGAAUACCCCGGAGGCAUCUCAGACCCCAUCCCUAUUCAAAACUACAUUCAUAAGCUUUCACCUUAUGAAUAUUCAAAAGCUCUUCCUGGUCUUCCCACUUCAUACGCUGCAUUGCUAAGAAUUAAAAAGAGUUCUUCCUCAUCUCUCUUGGGUUCGAGGACCAGAUCCCGAUUCAGCAGCGCUUCAUUAGGAACACUGAGUGUUUCCUCACCCAGCUGGCGAGGGGUAGCUCAACAUUAUUAUUCUCCAAUCAAUCUUUAUCAUUCCUCGGAUGCCUUCAAACAGGAUGAAAGUGUGGACUAUGGGCCAGUGUUUGUGCAAGAACCAGAUGAUAUCAUUUUCCCAACUGAUUCUGAUGAAAAGAAGGUGGCAUUGAAUUGUGAAAGUCGUGGCAACCCAGUUCCCAGUUACAGAUGGCUUCGAAAUGGAACAGAAAUAGAUUUGGAGAAUGACUAUCGCUAUAGUUUGAUAGAAGGUACUUUCAUCAUAAACAACCCAAGUGAAGCAAAGGAUGCUGGUCAUUAUCAAUGUUUAGCAACCAACACUUUCGGAAGUAUUCUUAGUAGAGAAGCCAUACUUCAGUUUGCCUAUCUGGGGAAUUUUAGUGGCCGGACAAGAAGUGCUGUAUCUGUGAGGGAAGGCCAGGGAGUCGUUCUCCUGUGCUCUCCUCCGCCUCAUUCACCAGAGAUCAUCUAUAGCUGGGUCUUUAAUGAGUUCCCUUCCUUUGUGGCAGAAGAUAGUCGGCGGUUCAUUUCUCAGGAAACAGGCAACCUUUAUAUUUCAAAAGUCCAAGCAUCAGACGUUGGCAGCUAUAUUUGUCUGGUGAAAAACACAGUGACAAAUGCUCGAGUACUCAGUCCUCCAACACCACUCACUCUACGAAAUGAUGGUGUGAUGGGAGAAUAUGAGCCGAAAAUUGAGGUCCAUUUCCCUUUCACAGUUACAGCUGCUAAGGGAACAACUGUUAAGAUGGAGUGCUUUGCACUUGGCAACCCUGUUCCAACAAUCACAUGGAUGAAGGUUAAUGGUUACAUCCCUAGUAAGUCGCGCCUGCGGAAAUCUCAGGCAGUGCUGGAAAUACCAAAUGUGCAGCUGGAUGAUGCAGGCAUUUAUGAGUGCAGAGCUGAAAACGCCCGUGGAAAAAAUUCCUUCCGUGGACAAUUACAAGUAUACACCUACCCUCACUGGGUGGAAAAGCUGAAUGACACUCAGUUGGACAGUGGGAGCCCUCUCCGAUGGGAAUGUAAGGCUACUGGAAAACCCAGACCCACGUUUCGUUGGCUGAAAAAUGGAGCACCCCUCUCACCUCAGAGCAGGGUUGAGAUGGUUAAUGGAGUACUGAUGAUCCACAGUGUUAAUCAAUCAGAUGCUGGAAUGUAUCAAUGUUUAGCUGAAAAUAAGUACGGAGCCAUUUAUGCCAGCGCAGAGCUGAAGAUUCUAGCUUCAGCUCCCACUUUUGCACCGAAUCAACUAAAGAAAACCAUCAUUGUGACUAAAGGCCGAGAAGUCGAAAUAGAGUGCAAACCCCAAGGCUCUCCAAAACCAACCAUCUCCUGGAAGAAAGGAGACAAAGCAGUUAGGGAAAACAAAAGAAUAGCUAUUCUUCCAGACGGGAAUCUACGGAUCCUAAAUGCUUCUAAAUCAGAUGAGGGAAAGUACGUUUGCCGAGGGGAAAACAUCUUUGGUUCUGCUGAAAUUAUAGCUUCGGUAUCAGUAAAAGAACCUACAAGGAUAGAACUUACUCCUAAAAGAACAGAGUUAACAGUGGGAGAAAGCAUCGUCCUUAACUGCAAAGCAAUCCACGAUGCUAGUUUGGAUGUCAAUUUCUUCUGGACGCUAAAAGGACAGCCUAUUGAGUUUGAGAAAGAAGGUGGACAUUUUGAGAGCAUCAGGGCCCAAGCAUCCUCUGCAGAUUUAAUGAUCAGGAACAUCCUUCUGAUGCAUGCUGGGAGAUAUGGCUGCAGGGUACAGACCACAGCAGACAGUGUGUCAGAUGAGGCAGAACUUCUUGUUAGGGGUCCCCCUGGUCCCCCAGGGGUAGUGAUUGUGGAGGAAAUCACCGAAAGCACAGCCACACUCUCCUGGAGCCCAGCAGCUGACAACCACAGCCCCAUCACCUCCUACAACCUCCAGGCUCGCAGCCCAUUCUCCCUGGGCUGGCAAACAGUGAAAACAGUUCCAGAAAUCAUAACAGGAGACAUGGAGUCAGCCAUGGCAGUGGACUUAAAUCCCUGGGUGGAAUAUGAAUUUCGAGUGGUGGCCACAAAUCCCAUUGGGACAGGAGAUCCAAGUACGCCAUCUCGAAUGAUACGCACAAAUGAGGCAGUUCCAAAAACAGCACCCACCAAUGUAAGUGGAAGAAGUGGUCGAAGGCAUGAGUUAGUGAUUGCCUGGGAGCCAGUAUCUGAAGAGUUUCAAAAUGGGGAAGGUUUUGGCUACAUUGUGGCUUUCCGACCCAAUGGAACACGUGGCUGGAAGGAGAAAAUGGUGACAUCCUCCGAAGCCUCCAAAUUCAUUUAUCGAGAUGAGAGUGUCCCUCCUCUUACUCCCUUUGAAGUGAAGGUUGGCGUGUACAACAAUAAGGGAGAUGGGCCUUUUAGCCAAAUUGUGGUCAUCUGUUCAGCUGAAGGAGAACCCAGUGCUGCUCCCACAGAUGUCAAGGCUACAAGUAUGUCUAUGUCAGAGAUUCUUGUUGCAUGGAAACAUAUUAAAGAGAGUCUAGGAAGACCACAGGGAUUUGAGGUUGGUUACUGGAAAGACAUGGAACAAGAAGAUGCAGCAGAAACCGUCAAAACCAGGGGGAAUGAGUCAUUCGUCAUCCUGACAGGACUAGAAGGAAACACACUGUAUCACUUCACAGUGAGGGCUUACAAUGGAGCUGGAUACGGGCCACCCAGCAGUGAAGUGAGUGCAACCACCAAGAAAUCCCCCCCCAGUCAAGCACCCAGCAACCUCAGGUGGGAGCAGCAAGGCUCUCAGGUUUCUCUGGGCUGGGAACCUGUCAGACCAUUAGCCAAUGAGUCUGAAGUCUUGGGUUACAAGGUUUUUUAUAGGCAAGAGGGUCACACCAACAGUCAAGUUAUUGAAACCCAGAAACCUCAAGCAGUAGUACCACUCCCUGAUGCUGGAGUCUAUAUUAUCGAAGUUCGAGCAUACAGUGAAGGCGGGGAUGGAACCAACAGUUCUCAAAUCAGGGUGCCAUCAUAUUCAGGUGGGAAAAUCACAAGUGCUCAGUCAACUCUCCACACUCUCUCCACAUCAUCUUCGUUAACACUGCUCUUGGCAUUGAUGAUUCCUUCAACCUCCUGGUGAAACCUGCUGAGUUAAUUCACUUUUCUUUGCUUUAGCUUGAUAACAGCAGUGAAUAGAGUAUAGUGUAGAUGGA